AUGGGUCGAAAAGCAAAUUUUUUAGGCCCUCCUGAAACCUCAACGCGUCGAAGGACAAACCAAAUAGUCAUUCAGGAGGAUAUACCAACCAUAAAUCAAGUUCGACCACCAAGACCACCCCCCGAAACAGAACCCGUGAGAGCAGGAUUAGAACAACAAGUAGUUCGACAAGAUACCCCUGAAGAACAACCAGGGAGGGUAGCGAUGGUUAAUAGAAACCAAAAUGCUGACGAAGUGAUUCACAGGGUUAGGCAAAAUAAUCAGAUGGAAACAAAUCUAACUGCUAUGAUAGAGAGGAUUAUGGCCCAAAAUGGUCUGAACACCGGACUUCGAAGGCCAAAUUAUACCUCUCCUUUAUCAGAUUAUGUUUUACAAACUGAAUUACCUAGGGGUCACAAGGUCCCUAAGUUUACCAAAUUUUCAGGAGAUACUACUGAAUCUACCACAGAGCACAUAGCCAUAUAUAUGAUUGAGGCCGGAGAUUUGGCGAACAAUGAGGAUCAGAGGAUAAAAUAUUUCCGUAGUUCUCUAACCAAGAACUCUUUCACAUGGUUCACGACACUACCACCAAAUUCUAUAGAUACUUGGUCUCAGUUAGAAAAGUUGUUCCUUGAACAAUUCUAUAUGGGUCAAACUAAGAUAAGUCUCAAAGAGUUGGCCAGUAUUAAAAGGAAGUUUACUGAACCUAUAGAUGAUUAUCUGAACAGGUUCCGUCUUUUAAAGGCUAGAUGCUUUACAGUGGUGCAUGAACACGAACUAGUCGAAAUGGCCGCUGGAGGUUUAGAUUACUCUAUCAGGAAGAAAUUGGACACGCAGUAUCUGUGA